AUGCAAGGAACGACUGCUGAAGUGGAUGCCGUUUUGGAUAUCCUGGGGCAACAACCAUUCCUGAAAAUUUACACGCAAAUAUGCCUCUGCUUCUCAAUGCCUGACAAUGCCUCCGAUUCAGCCAUCAUCAACACACUAACUAACGGCCUCGAACGACUGACAGCAAGUUUCCCAUGGGUAGCCGGCCAGGUCAUCAACGAAGGUGCCAGCGAAGACAAUACAGGAGUCCUCAAGAUAAAACCACUGGAGAAAAUCCCCCGUCUAGUCGUGAAGGACCUUCGAAAUGACCCUUCAAUACCGACAAUGGACGGUCUCAGGCAAGCCGAGUUCCCUAUGAGCAUGCUCGAUGAAGAGAUCAUCUGUCCCUGCAGGACUCUCCCGCUUCCUGGUACUUUCGACGAGCUUCCUGUCUUCCUUGUCCAGGCGAAUUUUAUCACCGGUGGCCUACUGCUUAGUGUAGUCGCUGAGCAUGGCGCGAUGGAUAUGACGGGUCAGGGCCAGAUCAUCCGCCUCAUGUCAAAGGCUUGUCGAAACGAACCAUUUACAGACGAGGAAGUGAAGACGGGCAACCUACCCCGUCACAACAUCAUCCCGCUACUAGACUCAUCUUACGAACCAGGCCCAGAACUGUCGUAUCAAAUCAUCAAGCUCCCCCCAAUACCCCCAGCACCACCAGCAAAAAGCACCUGGGCCUACUUCUCCUUCCAACCCAGCUCCCUAGCAGCCCUCAAAGCCCUUGCCAUAGAAACACUCCCCUCAGGUUACAUCUCCACCGACGACGCCCUCACAGCACUAAUCUGGCAAUCCAUCACCCGCGCACGCCUCCCGCGACUCAACUCCGAAACAAAUACAACAUUUGCUCGCGCAAUCGACGUCCGCCGAUUUCUAUUAAUCCCCCAAACAUAUCCAGGCCUGAUCCAAAACAUGACAUAUCACACUAGCGCGCUUCAGAAUCUAGUGCAUGAGCCGUUGGGCGUGGUAGCCUCAUGGCUGCGCGCGGCUGUCGAUCCCGAGACGUCGACGCUGGGUUAUAACUCGCGGGCGCUGGCGACGUUUUUGACUCGCGUGGCUGAUAAGACUGUUUUCUCGUUCUCUGCGGGGAUGGACCUUUCGAGAGAUUUGAUGCUUAGUUCGUGGGCGAGCGUGAGGUGCUAUGAUCUUGAUCUCGGACUGGGGGUUGGUUGUCCGGAGGCUGUGCGGAGGCCGAGGUUCGAUCCGUUUGAGGGUCUCAUAUAUUUGAUGCCUAGAAGUCUUCGUGGGGGGAUUACGGCUGCUGUUUGUUUGAGAGAUGAGGACAUAGAGAGAUUAAGGAUUGAUGGGGAGUUCAUGAGCUACGCCAGGUAUAUCGGGUAA